AUGCCCAAUCUUGACACGCUCCUCUCCUUCCCCGCAAGCAGCAGAGCAGGUCCAUCGUCUGCGGCGGAAAGGACUCCCAUCCCACCACGCUCCUCGCAAAUCCUCGUCACAGACACCAUCGACGCGCCAGCACUUUUCGUUCUCAUACACUUUCUCAGAGCAUCUCAUGCCGCCAAUAAGCAACAGAGUUCAGCAAGCUCGUCGGCGGCGCCUGACACCAAGGGCAAGGCUCGGGUUUACAUCAAAGUCAUCUGGAUAGGCUGUGGAUCGGACGGAAGUGUCCACCUCAAGAAUGUCGCUCGCAAGUCGGCGGUGCACUUGGACCAGGAGAUGCGUGAUGGAUCCUUUUCCUUCAUCGACGCCAACGCCGACAUACUAGCGUCGCUCGGUGAGGAUGAUGUUGCAAAUGCUGUCGCUAGCAUGCAAGUCAGAGAGGACGGUUCCCAAGCUGAACGGCUGUUGCGGAAGCUAUAUCGCAAAGUGGCCCAAGACCUAGAAGAUGAUUCCAAAAGCCAGCAUGAGGAUGCCGACUGGACCUCUAGAGCUCUCAUAGUGGUUGACGAUCUGAAUGCGCUAGCCUGGGCGUCGGAUCCUACCGACUCCUUCGGCCAACCCGUCGACGUUUCUCGGCUUCUAACCGACUGGCUCGGCGCCCUCACUUCUCUCGCAGCAAAGAAUCAGGCGAGCAUCAUCACCCUCAUGCACGCCGACGCCACGUCAAAGAGCAAGAACGGUGCUUCCGAUCCCCUCGAUGAGUCCUUACUCAACACGCUACUGCAAAAGGCAGACGUAUGGGUCGAGGUCAAAGAGCUCGCAAGUGGGCGCGCCAGGGACUGCGACGGCGAGAUCACCGUCCAUCCGCUGGUACGGCCGUCAUUAGCACGAGCGCUCCCCGCAUCGCAUCGCCAAGCACUAGGCGCAGCACCAAGAGUUCUUCCUCCGCUCCAUGCUUUUGCCAUCGACACACCGUGUCCGAGCCGCACAAAGGCUGUUCUGUAUCGCAUUGCACCCGACGGACAGAGUGCAGCCCUCGGCGGCGCAUCCGUCGGUUCCAACAUUGGUCGAGUGCAGAUUUGGGCACGCGGCACAGGCAGAGGCUUCCUGUAG